ACCCUUCUACCUUUUACUUACUUGGCAGAGAUCGUGGCCAUAAUUAGAAUGAUGAAAUCGCUAUCUACUACUCACAGAUGUUUUCCUGCUUUCUCCCUCUAACCCACACUCACGGCAAGAGCUCACACAGUCACAUCCACUGGAUUUACAUUUUUCUUCAAUUACUCUUAGAGCAGAUUAAGAGUUCAGUGAAGUCGGACUUUACUUGUGCAGACUUUUCUAAACAAACAUGCCAAGGAAAGAAUAUCCAUGGUCCGCCUCAGUUUCCUGACUGACGUCAGUCUGAGGGGGAAAGGGGGGCCUCUGAGAUCCCCUCACUAUCUGAUCUGCAUGUGAGAGGCUCAUGCUGCCUCUGCACCACCCCCUUGUUUUCCCCACAGCAACAGGAAAACUGGAGGCCAAAGAGAGCGGCCACACUCUGUAGGAGAGGAAGGACUCAGAAGUCCAGCAGUACAGUAAGAACAAAGAAGGACACUAAAGGCAAAGGAAUGAGCAAGAAUCAGAAAGAAGUGAAGAAAAUCCAGUCCGUCUAUCUGCAGAACCUGGAGAAAGUGAACCAGGGGAUAAAGCCGGACAAAAAAAGUUGGAAACCUAAAGAAGGAGACUUUGCUGUGCAAACAGCAAUGGAAAAGCCACGACAGCCUCCCAUAGCUGGACAAGUGGCUAAAAGCUCGGCUCACAGAAUCAGCAGAGACCUGACUUGCUCCAUCUGUUUGGAUCUUUUCAAGCAGCCGGUGUCCUUGCCCUGUGAUCACACCUUUUGCCAGGGUUGCAUUGAGGGUUACUGGGCAGGGCCACGGGGCACCGGGCAAGGUGGAGCCGGCUCCUGCCCUCAGUGCAGGAAGGUGUACCCCGGACCGAGCUACAGACCCAACCGUAUUGUGGCCAACAUAGUGGAGAGUUACUGUCAGGGUCUGGAGGAGAGCGGGACUGGACCCUGCCUGCCAGAUGCCGGGGUGCCAGAGAGGGCUCCUGCACCGGUUGCACGCUGUAGCCGACACAGGGAGGAGCUGAAACUGUACUGUGAGGAGGACCAGGAGCUGGUGUGUCUGGUGUGUGGCAUCUCCCAGGAGCACAGAAGUCACACCAUGGUGUGUGUCCAGGAGGCAGAACAGAAGUACAGGGCAUCCCUGCACAGCUCAAUGGACUCUUUAAAAGCUGAGCUCAACAUAGCGCUGCAGUGUGACAGAGAAGCUGAAGACGAGGUGAAGAAGCUGAAGGAGCACACCGCUGAUCUGAAGCAGCGCAUCGAAGCCCAGUUCAGCGACCUGCAUCAGUUCCUCUACCAGGAGGAGAAACUGCUGCAGGUGAAGCUGAAGACGGAGGAGCGAAGAGAGCUGAUUCGCCUGGACGAGCACAAGGCCCUGCUGUGCGUGGAGAUCUCCCGUCUGCAGAGGGCUGUCCAUGAGAUAGAGGACAAACUAAAAGAGCAGGACCCAUUCACUCUGCUCCGGAGCAUCAAAGCACUUCUCCAGAGGCCUCCACUUAAGUUUGAGAAACCCGUGUUUACACCGCCCAGUCUGUGUGAGGGCCGGUUUGCAGGGCCCCUACAGUACAGAGUGUGGAAAUCUAUGAAAGGAAGCAUCUAUCCAGUUCCAGCUUCCAUCACAUUUAACUCCAGCACGGCCAACCCAUGGCUCAGUCUGACUUCCUCCCUCACCUGCGUUCGAUACCAGAACUUUAACCACACUGUGGAGGACAAUCCCAACAGGUUUAAUGCCGCCCUGUCGCUGCUGGGUAGCCAGGGCUUCACCCACGGGCGCCACUACUGGGAGAUCGAGGUCUACAGCAGCACAGUCUGGACUGUGGGGGUAGCCCGGGAGUCGGUGCCCAGAAAGGGAGUCAUCAAAGCCCUUCCAGCUAACGGCUUCUGGACUAUCUCUCUCUCUUAUGGGAUUCGGUACAUGGCGGGUACGUCCCCUCCAACUGUCCUGUCACUGGAGGAGCCACUGGCCAGGAUCGGUGUGUACGUGGACUACAAGAGGGGCCUGGUGUCCUUCUACAACGCAGAGAGCAUGACACACCUGUACACCUUCAGGGAGACCUUCACAGAAACACUGUAUCCUUAUUUCAACUUGGGCUUCCUGGACAAAGUGCAUGAAAAUGAGCCUCUCAAAGUUUUCUUGCCAAAGAUUUAGCUGCUGUGAAAAAAGGAGAACAAAGGGUCAAACAGUUACCAAAAAUGACUAGAUAUGCAAAAAAAUCAUAUGUGAAUAAAAAAGGUUCCUACUGUACAGAUUUGUAACUGUGCACAUGCACUGUGCAGUUUAUCUAAUCAGAAAUCAGAAACACGUGUAUCCAAGCUUUGCUGAGUUUGCAGACUAUGAAUCUACUGUCAACCAUUUCAUUUCAGAGAAGCUGUGCUUCGGUGAAGAAUGUGAAACUGUCUGGCUAUCUGACUGUAGUGACAUUAUUGUAAUGUGCUGUUAUGUAAUCUUCUUUAUGCAUGGUUCAUUAAUUCAUUCAGUACUUUGUUUUUUACUCUGUAAAUAACUGACAUCCUGAAUUAUACUGGAGUUACAACACUUGAUGAUGUGAUGCAUUCAAGGAUCAUGGAGAAAUGUUUUAUUUCAUCAUAGCAAACAUUAGGUUGUACCACACAUUUAAAUAAAAAUCCAUUUAAAUCGUCUUUUUGUAUGUGUGCACAUUUUUGUAAUUGAGAAAUUUUAGCACAUAUUGAUCAAAAGCCUGACGCAUGCUACACUAAAUGUGUGGCACCGAAGAUGUAAAAAGAUGUCCUUAAUUAUAUGCACAAGUGUGUUAUUUCCAGUAUUAUAAUGAACAGAACACCUCCAUGAUCAAACUUCUUAAUUCUGCUUUUUAUGACUACCUUAUGGUUCCCUUAAGAGUUCAUUAAUUAUUUAUUUAUUCAACCACUUGCAGCGCUAUGAAUAAAUGUUUUACACUAGUAACAAACUGAACUGGAAUGAAUGACUGUUUA